AUGACUAAAGCAACAAACAGACGGCCCCCAGUCCCCGGCGGCCCCGCUAAUCCUGGCUACGGUGGCGACCAUGGUAACGGCGGGGCAGGGGGUGCUAAGAAUCUCCGGUGGAGGUUCGGUUGCCACCUUAGACGACUCGACCUGGCAACGUACAACGCACGCACCCUGAGGACUGACGAGAAGAUCGUGGAGCUGGAAGAAGAGAUAGACAAGUUGCGCUGGCAUAUUAUCGGAUUAUCCGAAGUCCGAAGAGAGGGGGAGGACACGGUAAUCCUCGAAUCCGGCAACUUGCUCUAUCACCGGGAGGGCGACCAUCUGUCCCAAGGAGGUGUCGGAUUUAUCGUCCACAAGUCUCUCGUUAACAACGUUGUAAAGAUCGGGAGUGUGUCGACGAGGGUUGCGUACCUUAUACUCAGAAUCACCAAACGGUAUUCGCUGAAGGUCAUACAGGUUUAUGCACCAACCUCGGCACACCCCGAUCAGGAGGUGGAGGAAAUGUAUGAGGAUAUCUCUAGAGCCAUGCAUUCCUCCAAAACCCAAUAUACGGUGUUAAUGGGAGACUUCAAUGCAAAACUAGGCACAAGAGAGAACGGUCAGCUGAAAGUAGGGAAAUUUGGAAUAGGGCAACGGAACCCAAGGGGCCAGCAGCUGGCCGACUUCAUGGAGAAAGAGGGACUCUUUAUGAUGAACUCUUUCUUCCAGAAGCGGCCCCACAGGAAGUGGACCUGGUCGAGCCCCGACGGUUCGACAAAAAAUGAGAUUGACUUCAUUAUGACGACCAGACGACAACUGUUCAGUGAUGUCUCCGUGAUCGCGAGGGUGAAAACUGGUAGCGAUCACCGAAUGGUUAGAGGCACACUGAACCUAAACGUUAAGUUGGAGAGGUCUCGUCUAAUGAAGUCAACGCUCCGUCCCCCUCGUGCUCUAAUCCAAAGUCCCGAAACCUUUCAGCUCGAGUUACAAAACCGUUUUCAGUGCCUAGAAGACUGCAAUGAAGUGGACGAUUUGAAUGACAAGCUCGUGGAAACUGUCCAUGCGGUCGGAGCUAAGUUCUGCAAGACCCGCCGCAGAAGAACACAAAAACUCUCCGAUCACACUCUUAAUCUCAUGGCUGUUAGACGGGAGAUGAAGCUACAUUCUUCAACAGACUUGACAGCAUACAGGCAUCUGAACAGACAGAUCUCCAAAUGCAUGCGGCGGGACUUACGCAACUUCAAUACAGCUCGUAUUGAAGAAGCGAUAGAGCGGAACCAAGGCUCCAAAGUCUUUGCCAGAGAUCUGUCUGCCAGAAAGAGCCAACUGUCAAAGCUGAAGACCGAGUGUGGCAGCAUCGUUUCCGGGACACCUGAGAUUUUGAGUGAGAUUGAGAGGUUCUAUGGGCAGCUGUACACGUCAUCGUUGGAGCCACACGCAAGUGUGAGUAACGAUCCAAGAGCGAGUCUCAUCCGACACUAUUCCGAAGAUAUCCCGGACGUCAGUCUGAGCGAGAUUAGAAUGGCUCUCCAGCACCUUAAAAACGGUAAGGCCCCAGGCGAGGAUGGAAUUACAGCGGAGCUUCUGAAAGCGGGUGGAAGACCGGUACUUGAAGUCCUUCAGAGGCUCUUUAAUUCCGUCCUCCAUGGUGGCAUUACACCGGAGGCGUGGAGCAGAAGUGCGGUGGUCUUGUUCUUCAAGAAAGGUGACAACGCUCUCUUGAAGAACUACAGACCGAUUUCCCUUCUGAGCCGCGUCUACGUGCUGUUUUCGAGAGUCAUUACGAAUCGUCUCGCGCACAGACUUGACGACUUCCAGCCUCCCGAACAAGCCGGUUUCCGAAAGGGCUUUAGCACCAUAGACCACAUACAUACCCUUCGGCAAGUUGUACAGAAGUCCGAAGAGUACAAUUUGCCACUAUGUCUGGCGUAUGUGGACUAUGAGAAAGCCUUUGAUUCCGUCGAAAUUUGGGCGGUGCUGCAGUCCCUUCAGCGGUGCCAAGUUGACUGUCGGUAUAUCGAAGUGUUGAAGUGCUUGUACAGUAGGGCUACGAUGGCUAUCUGA